UAUAUAAGAUUGUGUCGAACAUGGCUUUUCAUUUGAUAUUUUUCAGAUAAUCAUGAUAUUUGGUUUUUUAAUUGCAUUGGCUUUACCCAUUUUUGGUUCAACUGUAAAGUUGGGCCUAGAGGAACCAAUUAUCACACUACCGAAUGGAAAAAUUCGUGGAUACGUUUCUAAAACACUGGGAAAACAACAGCCAUUCUUUGCUUACAAGGGAAUACCGUAUGCAGUUCCUCCCAUUGGAAAUUUGAGAUUCAAGGAUCCUCAGCCAGCAAAAAACUGGAACGGGAUUUUCAAUGCAACUUCAAAUACCAAAAUAUGCUAUCAGAUUAGCACCAAAACUCAUAGGCCACAAACUGAGGAUUGUCUAUACAUCAAUGUAUACACAACAGUGGAACCUGGUGCCAACCCCCGUUUACCUGUGAUGGUAAGCAUUUAUGGAGGAAGUUUCACUCACGGUUUCGCGUCCACUGAUACAGUUGGUCCUGACUAUAUUAUGGAGAAAGGAAUUGUGGUAGUGACCUUCAACUAUCGUGUCGGUCCAUUCGGUUUUAUUUCUACUGGUGACGACGUGAUACCAGGAAAUAUGGGACUGAAGGACCAGAAAUUGGCCUUGAAGUGGGUACAUGACAAUAUACAUCUCUUCGGUGGCGACCCAAAUAAAGUUACAAUUCAAGGACAGAGCGCUGGGGGAGCCUCUGUAACUUAUCACAUCCUCAGUCCAUCGUCAUCAGGUCUUUUUAGAGCUGCAAUUGCCAACAGUGGUUCAGCUCUUUGUAUCUGGGCUAACCAAAGGAAUCAUGCCGUUGAUAGGGCCUAUGGCAUUGCACGAGCAAUAAACCCGUCUUUCUCCAGUAAAAAUUCUACAGAGGAUCUUUUGAAACUCUUACUGAGUGUUGAUGCAGAGAAAAUUCAUGAUACUCAGAACAAAUACAAUGCAUGGGGUCCCGUUAUUGAAAUAGAACAUGAAGGUGCCUUCAUCACUGAGUCAAUGUAUGAAGCAGUCAAACACGGACGUAUCAAUAAAGUACCUUUGUUGAUCGGAUUCAAUUCUGAAGAAGAAAUUUCUAAAGCAGCAGAUCUGAAAUACUUGUCAACAAAAUCAUCAUCUUGGGACCAUAACUCAGCAUACCUCAUCAAUGAAGACAUGAAUAUCAAGUCAAAUGUCUCAAUUGAAGCUGGAACAGAAAUUAAGAGGAUAUAUACAGCCAGUAAUUUCACAGAUGAUCUUGGGGCCGUAAUUCGGUGUCUUAGCGAUGACCAGUUCGUCAGAGGAAUACUACGAUUUGCCGAAUUGCAGUCAAGUUACUCCGAUGUAUACGUCUAUGAAUUCUCUUAUCACGGCCGACUAGGGAAAAAUAAUGUGAGCUAUCCAGGUUGUGGAAGAGUGCAGCACGGGGAAGAAGGAAAUUACUUGUGGGCCGGUUCGAAACUAUCUGAUUACCCAAAAUCGGAUGUGACAACGCUAAAUCGUUACGUAGGAUUCAUCACAAACUUUGUGAAUAACCUUAAUCCAACACCAAGAGAAGAAGAAUUAUUUCAACAUUUGAGAUGGCCUACUGUUAAGCCCAGCAACUACCGAUAUAUGGAAAUUGAUGAAAAUUUGGCAGUGAAAGUCAAUCCAAGAGAUGCUAGUUAUAGCAAAUGGGUGCAAGUGUACGACAAAUAUGCCGUUGAACCCUUGAUAUCCUAUUAAUAUUAUACUUAUGCUCGAUAAAAUUGUUAUUUCUUAUUGA